AUGAAAACUGAAGUGGAAACUUCAAUACUUUGUGUGAAAAAGAACGAGGAAGAAUUACAUACAACAAAUGUUUCGUUGAGAAUUUUUUUGCGAUCUUUGAGUCAUUAUUCAUCGCCACCGUCUGCCUUGUCUAUUACAAAAACUGGGCAGCAAAUUAUCUUAUGCUUAAAAAUCUCUUAA